AUGGUGAAAGACAUCUUCGGCAGAGAUCGCUUCCACUGCACAGAGCCUGGCUGUUCCUGUAUGGACUUCCAGAGCGAAGCGCAGCGGGAUGUCGCCAAAGCCGAGGAAGAUGGGAUCGACAUGGAGGAGAUGGAGUCGAAGUAUCACUCGAUGACGUGCCAGGCAAAGUCGAUGUACCAGUUGACCUGCGUCUGCGGCCACGAUGCUAACAGCCACUCCCAGAAGCCUGCCGCUCCAGCAGAAGAGACAUCUGGAGGAGGUUACACCCAAAUCUUCGCUGACUCGGACGAAUCCUCCGUGUGGAACGUCCUCCAAGGAGUAUGGAUACGGAAGGAUGGAGAGGACCCUACGACGCAGCAGGUCAAGAAGGCCAAGCGAAGGGAGCCCCUCCACUGCACUGCUCGGCGUUGGCGCGGGCCCAGUGGAGGACUCUGGGCACAGCUGGAUGCUACCAUGCAUGGCCCGGGCUGGGUGCUCAUCGAAGGGGCUACGUUGGCCGUGGGUGCCAGCGCCGCCGCAGUGGCGGCCAGGUGUUGCUGUCGACGAUCCUGCCCGGCGGGCAAGCGUCUGCAGCCCUCAGCCCUGCGAGUUCAGCUGCAAGAGGUUGUUGGCAGCGGCAACUGGGGCAUGGCAAUCGCGACGAUCAUUGCAGGCAACACAUCCAGGCAUCCUGAGUUCGAGGACAACCUGACGGUCUGGAUGUUCGACGAGGAGGUACAGCACAAGGGCGUGAAGCGCAAGCUGUCGGAAGUCUUCAACGAGACGAAGGAGAACGUGAAGUACCUUCCGGGCAUUACCCUGCCAGAGCAUGUCAAGGCGGAGCCUGACCUCAAGAAGGCAGUGAUGUAUGCCGACGUCCUGAUUUGGGUGCUGCCGCAUCAGUUUGUGGCCAGAACCGUUCAGAACAUGGGCAAGAUCAAGGACACUUGUGUCUCUGUCAGCCUCAUCAAGGGCGGCUUAGAGCUCGAGGGAGGCAAGCUCGGCCUCUGCUCGGAUCUGCUGCGGAAACUCCUUGGCCAUGAGGUCGGUGUCCUCAUGGGAGCCAACGUCGCGAACGAGGUUGCAGCCGGAGAGUUCUGCGAGGCCACCUUGGGCCUCAAGGACAAGAAGCACGAAGCUACCCUGGUGAAGCUGUUCGACUGCGCGACGUUCCGUGUCACUGCGGUCGACGAUAUCCCAGGGGUAGAGCUUUGCGGUGCUCUGAAGAACGUCGUAGCGCUGGGAGCAGGCUUCUGCGAUGGCUUGGACUAUGGUGGCAACACCAAAGCAGCCCUGAUCCGGAUUGGCCUGCAGGAGAUGAAGACUUUCAUCCGACACUUCUACCCAGAGGUGAAAGAUGCCACCUUCCUGGAAAGCUGCGGCGUUGCAGAUCUGAUUACCACUUGCUUCGGCGGCAGGAAUCGAAAAUGUGCCGAAGCCUUUGUCAAGGCAAAGGGCACCAAGAGCUGGGACACGAUCGAGAAGGAACUCCUAGGAGGUCAAAAGCUGCAGGGUACGUUGACGGCUCAGGAGAUCUGGCCAGUGAUGAAGAAGCACAACUUGUGUGACAAGCUCCCGAUGCUCACAACCAUCUACCAGAUCGCCUUCGAGGAUCGGGCGCCCUGGGCUAUCGUCAAGCUGCCCUCGGGCAUGCCUUCGUCUGCCUUCCAUGAGGAUGACGGAUUCUUCGAGAAGAAAUGA